AUGUCUUUUCCGAGGAUGGGUAGAUCGUGGAUUCAGGGACGACCCAACGAUGAGCCCGACCCGGGAGCCCCACGAUCAGCCAUGGAAAACCAUCUCAAGGGUCUGCCAACUCGCGAGGGAAAACUCGGCAGAGGAAGUAUUCGAUCUGCCGGGCCCGUCUCAGGGCUGAAUAAUGAAAUUCAUGACCCAGGGGUAAGUUCUAGGUCCGGGGCCGCGAUUGGUCGCCGCCUGGCUGGGCAGCUGCUUUUACAUCCCGAACUAUGGACGAGAACGAAUAGCCAUACUUGCUACCAGUUCCUCCAUCACUCUUGUGCUAGAUUCCAAGCCUAUCAGAACGACAAAUAUUGUGACCCACUGUUUCCAGCAAAAGUAUGUACCUGA